AUGGCCAGCAACAUCAGUGACUUUAAGUUGGCCUCCACCGUUGCUGGCUUCACACUUGGGUUUGGCGUGCUCUGCGUCUGGAACGCCAUCCAGCAAACCAGAGCAAUUCGAUCGCCACUUCGCAGUGUCUACAUCUUCAUGGUUUGGGGAGAGAUCGUUGCCAACCUCGCCAUUGGCAUUAUUGGAUGGCUUUUCCUAGAUGGAAGCUCAUUAAGCGACAGUGUUCCCCUUUUCUUCAGCAUUCUCUUCCUUUGGGUGUUCGAGGUCCAACUGCUCAUGCAGAUCAUCAUUAAUAGAAUCACUGUCGUUGUGGAUGAUCAUCAACUAAUCUCAAGGCUCAAAUGGGGAACUGCGUUCGUGAUCACGAUGAUCAACAUUGCCGUGUUCGUCAUCUGGAUCCCAGCUCAUCUUGUCCCUCCUCCCAUUCCUCUCUUCGUGGAAAUCAACAAGUACUGGGACAGAACCUCGAAAGUAAUCAUCCUCAUCGUCGACGCAGGACUCAAUUACUUCUUCCUUCACACUGUCAAGAAACGACUUGUCAACUGCCACGGCCUGACUAAAUACGCACCACUCGUAGGCUUCAACGCCAAGUUGAUGGUGCUGUCAAUAGGAAUGGAUCUCAUGCUCAUCUGCCUCAUGUCCCUCAAAAACCAAGUCGUAUAUAUCCAAUUCCACCCUGUCGCCUACAUGGUAAAACUCAACAUCGAAAUGUCCAUGGCCUCCCUCAUUACAAAAAUAGCGCGCAACUCCGUCGAAGCUCGCAACAACGAGUUCGUGGUCCAAAACUCCUCCUCGCACAACCACUCUCAUUUCCACACCUCUCAUAUCCAAUCCAAGGCCGCAAUUGGUCUGCAGCCGGGCGUGAAUGCGAGCGCUGUGAGUAAGAUGAGAGGUGCGGCAGAGGAGAGACAGAGCUUUGAGGGGAUCAGGACCUUGAAGGAAGUCGAUGUUACGGUUGAGAGCGUUCAAGUCCCGCAGACCGUGUGGAGGAAGAGUGAGAGUGAUAGUGGGGUUGAAGAUGGGUUUGGGCGAAAGCAGACGAGUAAGAUGGGGAGUGAGGAUGAGCUUCCGUUGGCGCCGGAGGUGCCGAAGAAGCAACAUGUGGAGUGGAAGAACUGAACUCCUGAACGCGAUGUUGGUUGUUUACCUACCUUUCAUUUCGGAUUGGGAGGAUUCGGUCGGGUUGCCGGCGAAUUGGGGAUGUAAUGGGAAAGGAAGCG